UCUCAAAUCUCACUUCCAGUGCCACCAAGACUUUUUCUUACAGCUCCUAGACAGGAGGAACUCUAGGAUUCAGGCGUAGCAGGGUAGGUGCUUAUGAGGGGCAGGCUCAGGCCACACCCAGGGAGGAGCAACUAGUGCCCAGCCUAGGGAUUCAAACCAGUGGAAGAGCGGCCCCAGGGCCAGACCUGGAACUACAACCCCCAGGCUCCCCUCGCGGCCGCACGUGGUCCCGCAGCCCCUGAACGAAAAGUGCAACAGCUUGGCUCAGUGGAAACCGUGUCCCCCGUGCACAGGAGCAACAGGGUGGCCAAAGUGAGCUUGGCGCCAACCGGAGGAGCAGAGGUGCUGGUCCUUGGAUGUACGGCAAUUUCCUGACUCUUAAACCCUUCCAGAAGCUCCAUGGCCUUCCCUAAGAAGAAACUCCGGGGUCUUGUUGCUGCCACCCUCACCCCAAUGACCGAGAAUGGAGAAAUCAACUUUCCUGUAAUUGGUCAGUAUGUGGAUUACCUGGUUAAAGAACAGGGCGUGAAGAACAUUUUUGUGAAUGGCACCACGGGAGAAGGCCUGUCCCUGAGUGUCUCUGAGCGUCGCCAGGUGGCAGCAGAAUGGGUGACACAGGGAAGGAACAAGUUGGACCAGGUGGUAAUUCACGUGGGAGCACUAAGCUUGAAAGAGUCACAAGAACUGGCCCAGCAUGCAGCAGAAAUCGGAGCUGAUGGCAUUGCUGUCAUUGCACCUUUCUUUUUCAAGUCACAGAGCAAAGAUGCCCUGAUAAGUUUCCUGAGGGAGGUGGCUGCUGCAGCCCCUGCUUUGCCUUUUUAUUACUACCACAUUCCUUCCUUGACGGGGGUAAAAAUAAGUGUUUGUUGCUCCGAAGUUCGUGCAGAAGAGCUGCUUGAUGGGAUUCAGGAGAAGAUCCCCAGCUUUCAAGGACUGAAGUUCAGUGACACGGAUCUCUUAGACUUCGGGCAGUGCGUGGAUCAGAAUCAGCAGCGACAGUUUGCUUUGCUGUUUGGGGUGGAUGAGCAACUGCUGAGUGGUCUGAUCAUGGGGGCAAAUGGAGCCGUAGGCAGUACCUAUAACUACCUGGGAAAAAAGACAAACCAGAUGCUGCAGGCUUUUGAACAGAAAGACUUCACUUCAGCCCUCAAUUACCAGUUUUGUAUCCAGAGAUUUAUCAACCAUGUGAUCAAACUCGGUUUUGGAGUGUCACAGACCAAAGCCAUCAUGACGCUGGUCUCUGGGAUUCCAAUGGGCCCACCCCGGCUUCCUCUGCAGAAAGCCACUCAGGAGUUUACUGCUAAGGCUGAGGCCAAGCUGAAGAGCCUGGACUUCCUUCCUUUCCCUGGUGAAAGGGAGGGGAACGUGGGAGCCUGCAGCUAGGGCCUGUUGAGGCUGGUUAUGUUUACUGAGACUUCACCCGUCUUCAAUAGUACGUUCUCUUCUCAGGGAUUUUUUUAGAUGAUUUUGAGCUAAGCCUUUAGCAAAUGGAAUCCCACACUAAUAAAUAUUUAAAUAACAAA